AUGCAGAGUCUCUACGUAUGCCAGGAACCUACUGCGUCAUGUUUCCUCAGGAAUUGUGAGCACUGUCCACAAGAUGGCAUUUUCACUUUGGAAACUUUUGAUAUGAGCAGCGAGGACCAGGUGUUGAUUGCUUCAUGGGAAUACGGCAAGCUAGUUAAAAAAACUAUGACCGCUUCAUUAUUUAUGAGAGAAUUUCUAAGAAUGACCAUGAAAUGGAUUCCCCACAACUAUAUCAGAUCUGUGCAAGCAAAAGCAAUUCAUGAAGAAAAACAAAGCUGCGAGAGAGGUGCAAUUGUUUUGCAUUUUGAUUUCGCCGAAAACUGGACAGUUGUGCUUCCAGACGCAGUACAAGCGUACCAUUGGCAGAAAAAGCAGGUCACCGUGUUUACCUGCGUUGUCACGUCAAGAAAAUCGACUCGGAAGUACGCCGUUAUUUCCGACGAUAUGUCUCAUGAUUCAGCUCAUGCAUGUUUGGCUCUGUCAAAAAUCAAAGCACACAUGGAAGACAACGCGCCAAUCUACACCAAGAUAACACAUGUGAGCGACGGGGCUCCCGCUCACUUCAAGAAUAAAUAUCAGUUUCAUGAGCUACAACGCAGUGAAUGUCAAGAGACGAAAUGGAUGUUUCCGGCCACUGGACACGGCAAAAAUGCUUGCGACGGCAUUGGUGGGCUUGUGAAACGUCGAGCAUCACACCACAACUUGCGGAAGCCUGCAAGUGAGGCCAUACAAACAGCCAGCGGCUUCGUGGACGCAAUUCAAGGAACGCUAAAGAAUAUCACCAUUCUGGAGCUCCCACAGAGGGAGCUUGCAGACUUUCGCGAAAUGAAGAAGGAAGAAUGGAAAACGGCAAAGAAAGUGCCUGGAGUUCAGACACUCCACAUGUGGAAGUACGUUCGAUCAAAUGAAGGCAGUGCAUCCUACGUGGCAUCCACCGCUGCUUCGGAAUGGAAGAGACUAUGAUCUGGUUUGUGCUUCGGGCUGGACAAUGUAAUGUAUGCAUACCGAAGUCAACUGCUGCCGUUUAUUGUUACAAUUUUCUGAAUUGCAAUCUGCACAUAAAGCGGCAUGCCAUUUGUAAAUUGUGUCCCGAUUAAAACUCCUGCUGA